AUGAUUCUCGCUGUCAAUAUUUACGGCAAUUGGCAUUGUAAGAAUGACAGACCAAAUACCCCAGCACCUAAACAAGAAAAUAAGUUGGACCCAGACUCAGAUGAGGAUGAAGAUUCAGAUGAGGACUCAGAUGCG